AAAACCCAACCAUCACCAUUCACCUCAUACCUUCAAACUCACCCAACUUUAUGGUGUUCUUCGCGUUACCUACACCACCUUCUUCUUCUUCUUCUUUGGUUGCUCUUUUUCUUUUCUCUCUUUUUAAAGCAUACGAAUAGUGCUCCCAGAAAAGGAGUGAGGAGGGGACCGAGUGUGAUUCAGUUUCUGCCUCUUCACACCUCGGUUUCCCGCUACUUUCAUUCUUCAUUUCCUCUUCUUGCUAUUCUUAGUUUAAUACCCUUUUCUUAUUCGGUUUCUAUAACUUAGAUCUUAGCAACACCAACUCUCAAGGCUCAACCUAGGCUGUUGCUGUCUUAUUCAGCAAUUGUUGGUUAGUUCAUGUCUUAUUUUUCCCCCUAGCAAUGUUCGCCCAAUAACUGUGUGCAUCUGUUGAAUUAAUGUCUUGCUUUGCUCUUUACCAUAAAGUAACAAUAAAUACAUGAAAACUGAAUUUGGAACACUUUGGGUUCCUAGUGCUUACCCAUGUUUUUGUUUCUUAGCCUCUGCUGAAUCUGUAUUAAGAGUCUGGUUGGGUCCUGAAUUGUGAAUGCAGAUGUGGCCAGAAAUUUUGAAUGGCUGAGUGAUGUGAUAUGAGGGAGACAAUGAAUAAGUGUAUCUUGGAUAUGUUUUGAGGAAUGUGAACUUGAUAUGUUACAUCCAUCUUAUAAGUAUUGAAGAUUAAAGAUACCUUCCAGAGAAGAUGAAGAAACAAUUGACCGGUAUCCGGGGUGAUUCUCCCUUGCACUCAGCAAUCCGAGCUGGAAACAUGGAAUUGGUGCUGGGAAUCAUCUCUGAGAAUGGAGAGGAGGAAUUGAAGGAGUUGCUCUCAAAGACAAAUAACUCUGGUGAAACUGCCUUAUAUGUUGCUGCUGAAAAUGAUAAUCUUGAUAUAGUGAAGGAAUUGAUCAAAUAUCAUGAUAUUGGUUUGGCCGGCUUCAAAGCUAAGAACGGAUUUGAUGCAUUCCACAUUGCUGCUAAAAAUGGGAACUUGGAGAUAUUGAAGGUCCUCAUGGAAGCCUUUCCCGAAGUUUCAAUGACAGUCGAUAUGUCAAACACUACUGCAUUGCACACAGCUGCAGCACAAGGAUAUAUUGAGGUAGUAAAUUUUCUCUUUGAAAAGGGUAGCAGCCUGAUAAGUAUUGCGAAAAGCAAUGGGAAAACUGUGUUGCAUUCUGCUGCAAGGAAUGGCCAUGUUGAGGUCAUCAAGGCCCUUCUGAGCAGAGAACCAGAACUCGCAACAAGAGUUGAUAAGAAGGGGCAGACAGCACUCCAUAUGGCAGUGAAAGGACAAAACCUUGACUUGGUGGAUGAACUUUUGAAAUCAAGCACAUCAUUGCUUAACAUGGUGGAUGCAAAGGGAAACACUGCUCUGCAUAUUGCAACCCGAAAGGGUCGCCUACAGAUUGUUCAGAAGAUACUAGAUUGCCGAGAAAUAAACACUGAUGUUAUCAAUAAAUCUGGUGAAACUGUGCUGGAUACUGCCGAGAAAAACAACCGUAAGGACAUUGCCAACUUGCUGCAAGUUCGGGGAGCUAAAAGUGCCAAGUCCAUCAAGUCACCUGCCACAAACACAGCCCUCGAGCUCAAACGAACUGUGAGCGACAUCAAAAGUGGGGUUCAUAACCAGCUGGAACACACAUUUAAAACGCAAAGAAGGAUGCAAGGCAUAGCGAAACGAAUCAAUAAAAUGCAGGCCGAGGGACUUAACAAUGCAAUCAACUCCAACACUGUUGUUGCUGUCCUUAUAGCAACAGUUGCUUUUGCAGCCAUAUUUAAUGUUCCAGGCCAGUAUCCUCAGACCCCAAGUGACCGUCCUCCCAGCUUGUCUCUUGGGGAGGUAUACAUCGCUCCCAAUAUCGAGUUCACAAUAUUCAUAAUCUUUGAUUCUCUCGCCCUCUUCAUAUCAUUGGCCGUUGUGGUUGUCCAAACAUCGGUGGUUGUCAUCGAGAGGAAAGCGAAGAAACAAAUGACAGCCGUUAUAAACAAGUUGAUGUGGUUAGCCUGUGUGCUAAUUUCUGUGUCAUUCCUUGCAAUGUCAUACAUCGUUGUGGGGGAUAAUAAAGGUUUGGCUAUAGCAGCAACAGCUCUAGGAACUGUGAUUAUGGCAGCUACACUAGGAACACUAUGUUAUUGGGUGAUCGCUCACCGACUCGAGGCUGCCAGAUUGCGAAGUCUUCGGACAACAAUGAGCAGUAGGCAGUCAUUAUCCAUGUCAAUGAUGUCGCCAUCGGAGAACGAGUAUAAGACGGUGUAUGCAAUAUAAAGACAAGACGAUCUGUACCAUGCCUUAAACUUUUUGGUAUCUAACUACACUAACAUAGACUCAGAUGUUUUCUUAGUAAAAGCAAACAUGAUUUAAUGCUGCAAAAGCAUGCCUUUGGAACAACACAGGCAAAGAUUUGUAAUCAUACCAAUGUAAUUUAUCAUCCGAGGUAUUGAAUUGGAAACAUGCUCAUUAGCAUAGAAUUAGUGAAUCUAUGUUGUUUUUUCGACA